UUUCAUACCCGACCUCAGCUUUGUUCCUCCUGCCUGUAUAUCUCCGGAUUUCCCAUCCGCAGUGAGAGAUUGCUUCCGUCUACCUCCCCCACCCCGGCUUCCCUCUCCAAUCCGCCUUCUCUGUGUGAUUUAUGAGCUACUAGGUUCACUGCAGAAACAACAAUGGAGAUGGGCAGCUUCCCCUUCUUCUACGUCGCCGCCAUCACCUUUCUCACCGCCCUUUUGCUCCGCUCCUUCCUCACCAAGAAGCGGCGACGGCUUCCACCGGGCCCGGCGCUGGCGGUCCCGUUCCUUGGCCACCUCCCCUUCCUCAAGAAGCCGCUGCACGCCACGCUCGCGCGCCUCGCCGCGCGCCACGGCCCGGUCUUCUCCCUCCGCCUCGGCUCGCGCCCCGCCGCCGUCGUCACCUCGGCGGAGCUCGCCAGGGAGUGCUUCUCCUCCGACCUCGACGCCACGCUCGCCAACCGCCCGCACUUCCCGUCCGUGCGGGAGGUCUCCUUCGACUACACCGUGCUCACCCUCGCCAACUACGGCGCCCACUGGCGCGCCGCGCGCCGCGUCGCCGUCGUGCACCUCCUCUCCGCGCGCCGCGUCGACCUCAUGUCCGACGCCGUCGUAGCCCGCGAGCUGCGAGCCCUGGUGCGCCGCCUCGCGCGCCUUACCGCCGGCGGUGCCACGGCGAGGGUGGAGCUGAAGCGGCGGCUGUUCGACCUCUCCCACAGCGUCCUCAUGGAGGCCCUCGCGCGGAGCAGGAACACCUACUCCGACGACGGAGCGGACAUGUCCCAGGAGGCGCGGGAGAUGAAGGACGUCGUGGACGCCAUCGUGCCGCUCGUCGGUGUCGCCAACCUGUGGGACUACCUGCCGGUGCUACGCUGGUUCGACUGGCGAGGCGUCGCGCGGCAGCUGGCGGACACAACCAGCCGGAGGAACGCCUUCAUCUACAAGCUCAUCGACAGGGAGAGGCAGAAGCAGCAGGCCGCCGCCGACAAGCAGGAGGAGGAGGAGCAGGGCAUGAUCGGCGUCAUGCUCUCGCUGCAGAAGUCAGAGCCCGACCUCUACACGGACACUUUCAUCGCCGCCCUCGUCGCCAAUCUUCUUGGCGUCGGGACAGAGACGACGUCGACGACGACGGAAUGGGCGAUGGGGCUCCUGCUGAACCACCCGGCGGUGCUGAAGAAGGCACAGGAAGAGAUCGACGCGCACCUCAGCGGCGAGCCGAGCCGCCUCCUCGACAAGAAGGACCUGCCCCACCUUCCUUACCUCCACUGCAUCAUCAGCGAGACGCUGCGGCUGUGCCCGGCCGCGCCGCUGCUGCUACCACACGAGGCCGCCGCCGACUGCCAGCUCCACGGGUACGACGUCGCCGCGGGCACCAUAGUGCUCGUCAACGCGUACGCCAUCCACCGCGACCCGGCUGAGUGGGGACCGGCGCCCGAGGAGUUCAGGCCGGAGAGGUUCGAGCAUGGCGGCGCCGAGGGGAAGCUCAUGAUGUCCUUCGGGAUGGGAAGGCGCAAGUGCCCCGGGGAGAGCCUCGCCAUGAGGACCAUGGGUAUGGUUCUUGGCACGCUCAUCCAGUGCUUCGAUUGGGCAAGGGUCGGGGAUGAAGAGGUCGACAUGGCCGCCAGUUCCGGGAUCGUCAUGUUCAAGGCCGUUGCUCUGGAAGCUCUCUGCACACCGCGAGCCGGCAUGGAGACUCUUCUCCAGAAGCUCUAAACUGAAAAUGCUUAAAGGAAGCAGAAAAUAAUUGCCACAAAAGAGUACACACACUAGUAGAAAUAUAAAUAACUGCAGUGUAAUUAAGUCUUUAUUAACUCCACAGUAUGUACACAUUGCAUAGUUUUUUUUUUAAGUAAAAGGUAGAGAUCGCUCUACCUUAUAUAUUUCAAAACAGCCCAUAGCCUGGGG